AAAACAAAAAGUAAGGAAAAAAAAAAAAAGACAAGGUCGGUGUGCUGUAUGGAGUGUGCGCACCCUAGCCUCGCUCGGUCACUGCAACGGUAACUGUCUUUCUUUCGAUGAGACGUUUCCGCCCUGCUGCUGCCACCGACAUCUCCUCAACGACCAUGUCUUCUCGCCCUACUUCCCGAGGUGGUCGCUGGAGAGGCUUCUCCGACCGUUCUCACACCGGAGGGAGAGGCCAAGGGGACCAUUUCGUGACUGGAGACUCUCACUUUCGCUCAGUACGCGACGCCAACCUAGGGUUCCGCCGAGGUGAUUCGGCAAGUUUCGCCGACCAAACUGGGUUUCGCCCUCCACCUCUCAGCCCUAGACCACAUCCGUAUACUCAAAACGCACAGUUCCGUCAGCCGCCUCCUCCCGCUUACAACAAUCAAAGCCAAAGGUACCGGCAGCCUCCACCUUAUAAUAAUCAAAGCCAGCAGUUUCGGCAGCAUUUGCGGUUCGAUCCGAACCAGGCGUUUCGUCCACCACAGCAAUUCCGGCCGAAGCCCUUGGAUUAUCGGAAUUGGGAGUAUGCAACGCAGGCACCGCCUUCUAAUUGUGAGCGGUUUGUGGUUCUUUCGUAUAACAUAUUGGCUGACUACCUUGCUAUUAACCACCGGAGCAAGCUUUACUUUCACAUACCCCGUCAUAUGUUGGACUGGGAGUGGAGAAAGAAAAAUAUACUUUUUGAGCUUGGAUUAUGGUCAGCUGACGUAAUGUGCUUCCAGGAGGUUGAUAGAUUUCAGGAAUUAGAAGAGGAGUUGAAGCUUAGGGGGUACAGUGGCAUUUGGAAGAUGCGUACUGGCACUCCAGUUGAUGGCUGUGCAAUCUUUUGGCGAAUGUCGAGAUUCAAGUUUCUUCAUGAGGAAUGCAUUGAGUUCAAUAAGCUUGGACUUAGGGAUAAUGUUGCUCAGAUAUGUGUGCUGGAGUCAGUGAAUAAAAAUUCAAGUGAAGAGACUUUAGCUCUACCAAUAAGCUCAAAAGGUUCCAGUAAGGUUGUCGUAUGUAAUAUCCAUGUGCUUUACAAUCCAAAAAGAGGAGAAAUUAAGCUUGGCCAGGUCAGGGCGCUCCUGAAUAGGGCCCAUUCUGUUUCAAAACUCUGGGAUGAUGCUCCAGUUGUUAUAUGUGGGGAUUUUAAUUGUACCCCCAAGAGUCCAUUGUACAACUUUAUUUCAGGAAGGAAGCUAGAUUUGUCUGGAGUGGGUAGAGAUAAGGUGUCUGGACAAGCUACUGCUGAAAUAUCUGCACAAAGGUCAUAUAAUUCUAAUUAUGGGACCGGAUCCGCUAAUAAUUCGAGUAAUGAUCCAUCAUUGACAGAUAGAACGGAAGUUGACAACAAGGUCAGUGUUUCGGUUUCAGAUAAGAAGCUGGAUGAUCUAGAGUGCACUGAGGAUAGUGUUCCAGGAAUGAGCAACUCUCAGCUUGAGCGUGUUAACACUGUCUUGGAUGCAUCUGAUGAAUCUUGCUUCGAUAUGCAAAGGGGAAAGGAUGGUGGGGCAUCACAUGAUGAAGCGAGAAAAGAAACUCAGCAGAGUGCUGUGGAUGGCUUUAAGGAGUUAUAUGAAUCAAGUUCUUGUGAUGCAGUUGAUGGAUCCAGGGGAGACUCAAGUGCUUCUCACAGUGAAGGUGGGUUUUCUGAAAAAUAUACUCAUCCAGUAGCUUCCGAUCACGAAAAAGUUUACUCUAAUGUUAUUCACAGUGGAUACAGUGAAGAGGUAAAUGCUCCCCCUCAGUCACAUGAUGGAUCAUCAAGUGAAUUUGCUGAGUUCAAUGACAAUGUAGAAAAUGUAGUUGAAGUCUUUCCUCCAGGCAAUCCAUCAUCCGAUCUAGUUGGGAAUGAUGAUUAUGCUAGCUCUCUAAGCCAAUAUCAAGCCAGCAUUUCAUGCCCAUCUACUAGCAUUGACUUUAUAGCAGAUGAGAAACUGGAGACUUUAUCUCAAAAUGAGCCUGAUAAAGCCGUGGCAGAAGAUGGAGAUGUAGGUGAAGAUGAAAGCACAUUUUUAUCUUCAUUGCAUGACACUGAAGAUGUCUUCCGAUCUGAUUUUGAUCAAUUAAGAUCAAACCUUGCAGUGUCAGAUCAUUCCAAGGAGCUUGAGUCCUUUCCCCACAACUCACCCUCAAAUUCAGUAAGCAAUGAAAUUGAGAAUGAUUUAUCCCCAAGCUUGGAUUCUGAAGCUGUUGCUAUGGAAAACACUGCUUAUGAUCCUUCAUCAUGGACUCCAAUGGAAAUAGAAAUGGCUACGGGCAAUGCAGACUGCACCCUUUUGGAACACCCUCUAAUGCUCAGUAGCACAUACACAGAGGUUAAGGAUUGUUCAGGGACUAGAGACUCAAAUGGGGAGCCCUUAGUUACCAGUUACAACAGGUGUUUUCUGGGCACGGUUGAUUACAUAUGGCGUUCUGAAGGUCUCCAGACUGUUCGGGCUCUUGCUCCAAUACCAAAUCAUGCAAUGCAAUGGACUCCAGGGUUCCCAACGAAGAAAUGGGGUAGUGAUCAUAUUUCACUGGCUGCUGAAUUGGUGCUUGUGAAAGAUGGGGAAUAAUCACAACUCAGAAUCUCUAUAUCAGUAGAGCUCUUGAUAUUUGAGGUUUAGAAAAUUGUGGGACCGGUGCACCAUCUCAUCCAAUGUUUUUUCACCCCGUAGCAGCAAGAUUUGGCUUGUGGAGAGUCUGCAGUUUUAAGGUCAGUGACAGUCCUCUAUAUCCCCUUUUGGUUUGUAUGUAUUCGGUUACUAAUUAAUGCUCAAGUUGAUUACUACUGAAUCAAAAUUUUGAUUUCAUAUAUUAAUGACUUGUUUGCCGCACAAAUUGUUGUUUGGAUUGUAGCAUUCAUGCAUAUUACUGGAUAAAUAUGUUAUAAUCCUUGUACAUUGAACUCUU